GACCAACCUGGGGAAUCUCUUCCAUCCACUCCACCACUUUAUCCCCCCGUCCUUCCCCAGUCACUCGUCUCGCCAUGGCUCAUUGCGAGCGGGCCUCGAAGCCCCUGCUCCAAUGCCUGCAGAAGACCUACACAAAGGGUCUUCCAGGCCUCCAGCUGCAGUCCACCCGCGCCUUUCAGUCCACCGCUCUGGCUCGCGAGGAAGCCCAGACUGAGGCCAAGAGCGCUCCCUUCCACAAAUCGCCUGAUCCGGCCCUAGUAACGAGUCCCCGGCUGGAACGGAGGUUGUUACGCCAGGGAAUUGCCCCCGUCGGAUCUCGUCGACGUCGCGCUGCCCUCCAGGCCUCAUCCAACAUUCCCUUCGAGCAGCUGCCCUUCCAAUGUUUCCAGGAAGCCCGCAAGGUUUUGAUCGCGGACCGGGAGGAGAAGGUGCGCGAUAUCCAGUCGAUAAGCGAGAAGAUUGCCAGGCUUCAGGCCCUUUCCAAUGAGGAGGCCGGCGGCUUGCAGGUCAAGAAGUCCAAGCUCCGGGCCAUGGAGCUCCAUCUGGAACACCUUAAGAUCCUUGCGGAUGUCAACGACCCGCUGGUCAAGAAGAAGUUCGAGGAUGGGCAAGGUGACCUCAGCAAACCCAUCUACCGCUACCUGGCCGAUCGGAAAUGGAGGGAAUACCGUCGCAAGAUCCUCGUCCAAAGAAUUACGCAAAUGAAGGUGAUUCCCGACGUCCUUCCUCACUGCGACCCCAUCGUCGACACCAAGCUCUACUUCAACCGCAGCCAGGUGCAGCCUGGAGAAUACGUCAACGCCAAGGUCAGCACGACAGCACCUAAGCUCGACGUGCAACUUUUCGAGGGCGGCGAGAAGCUCGUUACCAUCGCCGUGGUCGACUCGGAUGUUCCCAACGUUGAGACGGAUGGCUUCGAUUUCAAGAUGCACUACCUGGCUGUCAACGUCCCCAUCUCGGCCACCAACACCAAGGUCGACCUGGCCCAGCUGUCGGGUGAGUCGCAGGUUGUCCUGCCAUGGGAGCCUCCUGUCGCUCAGAAGGGCAGUCCCUACCACCGACUGUCUCUGUUCAUCCUUGAACAGAAGGACUCCAAGCCAUUGGACUUUGCCGCCGUCAAGGCGAAGGAGACGGAGCGCGAGAACAUGCUGCCCCGCACCCUGCAGGCCCGGUACCACCUGAAGCCGAUCGGCGCGCACCUGUUCCGCACGCAAUGGGACGAGACGACGUACGAGGUGAUGAAGCAGAUUGGCUUCCCCGAGGCGAACAUGGAGCUCCGGAGGAAGCGGGUCGAGCCUCUUCCUUACAAGAGAAGAAACCCGUCCACAUUCCGGUAAACCAGCCAGCCUCAAUUCCUUUUCUGUUCAACUUUUUGGCUCUAGAUUUUGUAUUGUACAAGAGAAGAUGUAUGAAUAUGCACAAAUUCCACCAACUCCAGACUCCCAUGCCGUAUACCUAAGGGUAUCCAUCCGAGACAACAUAAUAUAACAGCAUUUAUCCCGACAAA